UAGUACUUUUUACUGAUCUUGGGACUGUUUGGCUUGGUCACCAAGUUUUGUGAAAAUGGAGAUGAGAGCUUUGGUUUCUUCGUGUUCUACCGGUAAUGGAGGUUCUGAUCCGAUCAGCCUCACGAAUGGUUCUCCAUGGAUCACAACAGUUGGUGGUGGUGCAAGUACCAUGGACAGAGAGUUUCCAUUGACUGUGAAGCUGGGAAGUAGUAUGAGAGCCUUCAAAGGAGUAAGCACAACAACAGUUUUGUCUCGGACCAAACAACAGUUUCCUCUGGUAUGCUUAGCAAGAAACAAUGCGAACAGCACUGAUCCGACCUCGUUCUGGGAGAAUGAUAUAUCUGAAGCUCAAAGGACAGUUUUACCGGCUGAAUCUAUUAACGGGGAUAAGAGUGCUGUAGAACCAGGUAGAAAUGAUGUGACGGUGUCUGAAGUGGAUGAGUUCUGUAAAGCACUUGGAGGGAAAAGGCCAAUCCAUAGUAUAUUGGUUGCUACCAAUGGAAUGGCAGCUGUGAAGUUUAUACGCAGUAUCAGAACAUGGGCUUACCAAACCUUUGGCUCAGAAAAAUCCAUAUCGUUGGUGGCCAUGGCAACUACUGAAGACAUGCGGAUCAAUGCUGAGCAUAUCAGAAUCGCUGAUCAGUUUGUUGAGGUUCCAGGAGGAACUAACAAUAACAAUUAUGCUAAUGUUCAGCUUAUUGUAGAGAUGGCUGAGGCAACUCGUGUGGAUGCAGUUUGGCCUGGUUGGGGUCAUGCAUCUGAAAACCCUGAAUUACCUGAUGCCUUGAGGGCAAAAGGAAUCAUAUUUCUUGGUCCUCCUGCUACAUCAAUGGUGGCAUUAGGAGAUAAGAUUGGUUCGUCGUUGAUUGCACAAGCUGCUGAUGUACCUACUCUGCCAUGGAGUGGUUCCCAUGUUAAAAUACCUCCAGGGAGCAGCUUGGUAACGAUCCCAGAGGAAAUCUACAAGAAAGCUUGUGUCUACACAACUGAAGAAGCAAUUGCUAGUUGUCAAGUUGUUGGUUACCCGGCAAUGAUCAAAGCGUCGUGGGGUGGUGGCGGUAAAGGCAUUAGGAAGGUUCAUAAUGAUGAUGAGGUUAGGGCACUAUUCAAACAAGUUCAAGGUGAGGUCCCUGGCUCGCCGAUAUUCAUAAUGAAGGUUGCUUCAGAGAGUCGGCAUUUAGAGGUCCAGCUGCUGUGUGACCAAUAUGGAAACGUAUCAGCUUUGCAUAGCCGUGAUUGUAGCGUCCAGAGAAGACACCAAAAGAUCAUAGAGGAAGGUCCAAUCACCGUGGCUCCCCAAGAAACCGUCAAGAAACUUGAGCAAGCAGCUAGAAGGUUGGCUAAGAGUGUUAACUAUGUUGGAGCUGCUACUGUUGAGUAUCUCUAUAGUAUGGACACUGGGGAGUACUACUUCUUAGAGCUUAACCCUCGUUUACAGGUUGAGCACCCUGUAACUGAGUGGAUUGCUGAGAUAAAUCUUCCUGCUGCACAAGUUGCUGUUGGGAUGGGAAUUCCUCUCUGGCAAAUCCCUGAGAUAAGACGCUUCUAUGGUAUAAAACAUAGUGGAGGCUAUGAUUCUUGGAGACAAACCUCUGUUGCAGCCUUCCCUUUUGAUUUUGAUGAAGCUGACUCUAUAAGGCCUAAAGGUCAUUGUGUGGCUGUACGCGUGACAAGCGAGGAUCCUGAUGACGGGUUCAAGCCCACCAGCGGUAAAAUACAGGAAUUGAGUUUUAAGAGCAAGCCAAAUGUGUGGGCCUACUUUUCUGUCAAGUCUGGUGGAGGCAUCCACGAGUUCUCAGAUUCCCAGUUUGGACAUGUUUUUGCAUUUGGGGAAUCCAGAGCCAUGGCAAUAGCAAAUAUGGUUCUUGGGCUGAAAGAAAUUCAAAUUCGUGGAGAAAUUAGGACUAACGUUGACUACACGAUCGACCUUCUACAUGCUUCUGAUUACCGGGAGAACAAAAUACACACUGGUUGGUUGGACAGUAGGAUUGCUAUGCGGGUUAGAGCAGAGAGGCCUCCGUGGUAUCUCUCUGUUGUCGGCGGGGCUCUCCAUAAAGCAUCAACCACCAGUGCUGCUGUGGUUUCAGAUUACGUUGGUUACCUAGAAAAGGGGCAAAUUCCCCCAAAGCACAUAUCUCUUGUGCAUUCUCAAGUGUCACUGAAUAUUGAAGGCACUAAAUAUACGAUUGAUGUAGUUAGGGGUGGAUCAGGAUCCUACAGGCUAAGAAUGAAUAACUCAGAAGUUGUAUCAGAAAUACACACUCUACGUGAUGGAGGUCUGUUGAUGCAGGCAAGUUUUCUGCCUUUGUUCUAUACUACAAGACAGUGA